AUGGCAGAAGAUGCAAUUAAAGAGGAAGAACAACAAGAGAGUCCAUUCAUAGAAAAUGAAAGUGAAGGUUUAGAAACAGCAUGUUAUCGCAAAUGUCGCGGUUUGUUCUGUUUAACAGCAACAGAAAAUCAUUUUGAACAUGAAAUUCCGUUGGAUUAUUCACCAUUUCUUGAUUCAUUAGCAGCGUAUCCAUCUAAAACAUACGAGCGAAUUGAAUCCUUGCUCAAACUCGAUCAUUCGAUUGAUCGAGUAAAAAAUCUGAUUAAAAAUAAACAUAUUACAUGUGUGGAUCUGGUAUUGUUCUAUUUAAAACGUGUACAGAUGACAAAUGAUUACUAUAAAGUGGUUAUCGAACUCAAUCCGCAUUUAUUAACCGAAGCAAAACUAUUGGACGCAGAACUCAAUGACAAUAACAUUGAGAAGAAGGCGCUCUUCGGGUGUGUGGCUGCUAUAAAAGGUAACAUUAGCAUACGUGACAUGUAUAAUGAUGCAGGUGCUCAUGUUCUACAUCAGAAGAAAAUGAAAUAUGACGCACCAAUUGUAAAAAAACUUCGAGAACAAGGAUGCGUUAUUCUUGGUCGAACGAAUCUAUCUGAAUGGGCUUAUGCUUUUACACAAGAUGCACCGUCAGGUUUUUCAGCUGUUGGAGGACAAUGUAUUCAUCCAGAUGAUAUGCAUGAAGAUGUUAGUGGCUCAUCUAGUGGAUCAGCUGCUGGAAUUAAGUUAAACUUGUUUACAUUUUCAUUGGGAACAGAAACACAAGGAUCAUUGUUGUCACCGGCAAUUAAUGUUCGUAACGUUUGUACGCUCAAACCGACACUCGGAACAUGGUCGGGUGAGGAUAUUAUUCCAGUUAAUUAUGAUCAAGAUUGUUGUGGUCCCAUGACACGGACUAUUAAAGAUGUAGAGUUAUUGCAUAGGAUUGCCGUUGGUAUUCCAAAUACAUCAGACAGUGACAGUCGAUCACUUCGAGUGGGCUACCUUGGUCAAUCACAAGACGGCAAUGUCUUGGUCCAGACUCUCUCCCCUCUGCUACCUUUGACAACAUUAGUCAAUUUAAAUAGUGAUAUGGCUCUUGCAGAACCCAUCGCAGCUGUAUUAAAUCCAGCUUCUAAAUGUAACACAUCAUUUUUAGACUUUCUUUGUUAUGGACUUGCUCGUGAUAUUCCUUUAUAUCUGUCUUCGCAUUCAUCUGAUUACUGUCAUCAAACUCUUCAAUCAAUAAUCCAAUGGAAUUGCUCACACUCAGAAUAUAUUCCAUACGGUCAAUCAUUGUUCAUUCGUGCUAUUGAAUCACCAAUUACACAAGAUACCUACAAUACAUACAAACAAACAUUACAACAAGCAUAUGAAUCAUUUACAAGUUAUUUGAAAUCAACGUAUGCACUCGAUUGCUUAUUAACUAUUGGAGAUAACGAUCUGCUCACAGGUACAACUGUCUGUGGUAUACCGCGUGCUAAUUUAACACUUGAUUACUAUAAUCCUGAUCACAAGCAAAUCAAUGUUGUUGCUGUUGGUCUUUCUGUCAAUGAUGAUCUGCUUCUUCUACGUCUGCUUCAACGAUUAGAGAAGGCCAAUCUUCAAGCGGGAAAGAUUGAUACACGAACGUCUUUUCAGAAAUAUUUGCAACAACCGAUACGAUCCGUCUAUCAGAACGGAUGCUCAAUCCUUUGA